AUGAGCAACUCGGUUUUUUUUUUCCUCUUGUGGAUUUUUCCAACUGGAAAUAAUUUCCUGGCCCCGUCUUGCCUCAAAGGGGAAUACAUGAUGAACGUAGUCUUGUUGGAAGACGGUGUGUCACCCUGGAGUAUGAAUUUAGUAAAGCCUGAAGUGAUGAAAGCUAUUAAAAUCGAUGCUGAAAUCAACUUCAACAAUGGUGUGAACCACAGUCUGACUGCAAGCUACCAUGGGUUUAAAACCCUUUAUUACAGAAACAAAGGCUGCACCAGUAGCAGCUGUGAAGGUGUUGAGACGCUUAAAGACCUUCAGGAUUCAGGGACAAUGGGCUGUGCUCUCCUAGGGCCAACCUGCACUCUUGCAACCUUCCAACUGGUAGAUAUUGAGAUUGGUCUGAAGCUCAACAUGCCCAUCAUCUCAGCAGGAAGCUUUGGCCUGUCUUGCGACUACAAGGCCAACCUGACACGCUUACUGCCUCCAGCUCGCAAGGUUGCCAGCUUCUUCAUCAACUUUUGGAAGUUUAAAGAUGAUCUUAAGCCUCCAUGGAGAACUACAUACAUCUACAAGAAAACUAAUCUCACAGAGGAUUGCUUCUGGUACAUGAAUGCCCUUGAGGCUGAUCCAGGCCCCUUUGCAUCUGAAAUUGAAAAGCAAGUGUUCCUACGGAAAGAAACAGACCUCAGCAAUCUGCUAAAAAGCAAAGACAUGAAAAGUAACUUGUUCAUCUUAUGUGGAACUCCUGAGGACAUUAUGGAUUUGAAGAACGGAUCCAUGGAUUCUGAUACUCACACUACAUUUCUCCUGAUUGACCUGUACAGUGACAGAUAUUACAAUGAGGCCUCCAGUCCUGCUAUGAGAAACGUCCUGGUGCUGACCAUGCCCAACAGAAGGACCUACAACAUCAGCUCGAACAACACUAUGAACGACUAUAUUGCAGCCUAUCAUGACGGAGUACUGUUGUUUGGCCAGGUGAUGAGGACCAUUUGGGGCACUCCCACCUCAGAACUCAGUGACAUUGAUGCUGUCAACAUAAACUACUUCAGGGAUAUUUCCUUUAAUGGUAUUGCAGGGGAUUAUGAGUUAGAUGAGCAUGGUGAUAGAGAUGUGGUAUUCUCACUGAUUUACACCAAUGCCAACAAUGAGUACAGAGUUCUGUAUGAGUUCAACACCACCCUUAAUCAAACAGUGCAAGUCGACCCUUAUCCCACAUUCAUCUGGGUUAACAAUCGCCUCCCCCAGGAUCGACCCCUUACGGAGGGUAAAGGUUUAGAUAUCACUCUCAUAGCACUGGGCUCCACGGCAGUGGGAUUGAUUGCCUCAAUCGCGUUCAUCUUUUAUUGGCAAAACAGGUCAUAUCGCCAUAAACAGAAACGAUGGUCACACAUCUCCACAGAGCUAAUCACUCCUGUGGAGUCCAGUAAGAGGAAUAUGGUGUCUCUAAAGAUUGAUGAAGAUGCCUGGAAAGAUAAAAGUAACAUGAUUCGUUGUGCACGCUAUGAUAAAAAGACUGUCAUCCUUAAAAGGCUGAAGCACUCUGAUGGCUACUUCAGUGAAAAACAGAGAAUUGAGCUUAACGCAUUGUUGCAAAUUGAUUAUUACAACCUGAUAAAAUUCUAUGGCACAGUCAAGAUUGAGCAUGAGGCUCUUGGAGUGUUUGAGUAUGGAGAGCGGGGAUCCUUGAGGUAUGUGCUUGAUGAUAAGAUCUCUUACCCAGAGGAGACCUUCAUGGACUGGGAGUUCAAAAUAUCUGUAAUGUAUGACAUUGCGAAGGGCAUGUCAUAUCUCCACUCAAGCAAAAUUGAAGUCCAUGGUCACCUGAAAUCCACUACAUGUGUCAUUGACAAUCGUAUGGUGGUGAAAAUAACUGGCUUUGGUUUUAAUACUUUUCUCAGCCCAGACAAAGAUCUGUGGACUGCCCCAGAACACUUACGGAAGGAGGGGAUCUCUCAGAAGGGAGAUGUCUACAGUUUUUCCAUAAUCGCUCAAGAAAUCAUUCUGAGAAAAUGCACUUUUUAUACCAAGACCGUUUCUGACCAAGCAGAAAAGCUGGACCGUGUGGAAUAUCCCAGAAUGAUGCCCUACUUCAGACCUGAUCUAAACUUUGAAACUGCUAGUCAAAAAGAACUAGAGGUGUACACACUAAUUAGAAACUGCUGGGAUGAGGACCCUGAGAGAAGACCAGACUUCAAAAAGAUUGAAAGCACUUUGGGAAAGAUUGUCAGUCUGCACAACCAGGCCAAUGAGAGCUACAUGGGCAAUCUGAUUCGCCGGCUACAGAUGUAUUCACGUAACCUUGAGCACCUGGUGGAAGAGCGCACUGCCCUGUACAAGGCAGAAAGAGACAGAGCAGACAAUCUCAACUUCAUGCUUCUUCCUGGGCCAGUGGUGCGGUCUUUGAAGGAGACGGGCAGGGUGGAGCCUGAGUUCUUUGAAGAGGUCACCAUCUACUUCAGUGACAUCGUAGGUUUCACCACUCUUUGCCACUACAGCACGCCCAUGGAGGUGGUGGACAUGCUCAACGACAUCUACAAGCACUUCGACAGCAUCCUCGACCACCAUGAUGUCUACAAGGUAGAGACCAUUGGUGAUGCCUACAUGGUUGCCUCGGGGUUGCCACGGCGGAACGGCAACAGACAUGCAAUGGACAUUUGUCACAUGGCACUGGACAUCCUGGGUUUCAUGAGAACAUUUGAGUUGCGACACCUACCGGGUCUGCCUGUAUGGAUCCGUAUAGGCGUACACUCAGGCCCUUGUGCUGCAGGUGUGGUAGGAGUUAAGAUGCCCAGAUACUGUCUCUUUGGAGAUACAGUGAACACAGCUUCUCGCAUGGAGUCCACAGGAUUACCCUUGAGAAUCCAUGUGAGUCAGUCGACUAUCGACAUUCUCAAACGUACUGACUGCAAGUUUGAAUAUGAGAAGCGAGGAGAGACAUAUUUAAAGGGUAAAGGCAAAGAGACAACAUACUGGUUAACAGGAGUCACGUGGCAAGCCUACAACCUGCCUACACCCCCUGCAGUAGAAAACCUACAGCGUCUGCAGCAGGACCAGGCCCAGAUGAUAAAGAGCUGUCUAGAGCAGCGGUCUCCAAACCUGGGCAAGAGGAAAACGCUUUCAACACGCCAGAGGAAGUUGCGAGCAAACUCUGAGCUGUUAGGACCAGAGCAGCCUGAAUACCUACACCUGGCUACUGUAGACAACCUUAACACAUACCUGUAACAUUCUUUAAGCCCUCACAAACAGUUGCUGAUGCAGUGAAACAACUUGCUACAGAUUUCCUACAGAAUAUUGUACAUGCUAUAUUUAAAUAUUCUGUUAGGUUAUACUUUAAAGUAGUAUUGUUUGUUGGAGUAGUAAUCGUUUGAUGUUUUCCUUUGGCUAGGCUAUUUUCCUUAGCAGCCAAAAACCUGGCCAAACUGUACAUUGUGAGAAUGUUCAUUUUUGACAUUUACUGUAUUUUGUAUUUUUUAAUGGCUGUUGUGUAUGUUUUAGCUGUAGAAGCCAAUGUGAAAGACAGGUAGAGGUAUCUACAGUAUACUAGUAAAUGCUAGGUUUUCAUGUGUCUAUGCCACAUAAUUGGAAAAGCAAGUUAGGUUAACAUACAAAUUAAUAUUUUUGAAAAAGGAACAAAAUUUAUUCGAAUAUUAUGACAUCUGCUACUCACACAUUGUUUUGUAUGCUUAACAAAAUAUUCCUGGAAAAUGCACUGAUCCAAAUUUCUUUGGUUUAUAUAUCACAUUUAAGAACUAUGCUUCAAAUGUUAAGACUAAAUUUUGAUUGUUUAUCACAUGAAGACUUCUGGAACGUUGAGAAAUAUGCCUAGUGUUAAACUGCUCCGCAUUUAUAUACACUUAUGACAUCUUGACCUGGCAACAAAGAAGCUAGUACAGAUAUUUUGUUAAAUUACCACUGGUUUAAAAAAAAAAAAAAAAAAAAAAAAAAAA